CGUAGGGAAUUGACGACCGUAGUGGCCAUGGCGCGCGCGCUGGCGGAUCUAGCGGUGAACUUGCAGGUCCCCCGGGUCGUCCCCAUCCCGGAUUCGGACUCGGAUACAGACUUGGAGGAUCCGAGUCCCCGGCGCAGUGCGGGUGGUCUGCAUCGAUCACAGGUCAUCCACAGCGGACACUUCAUGGUGUCCUCCCCGCACAGCGACUCGCUGACCCGGCGACGCGACCAAGAGGGGCCGGUGGGGCUCUCCGACUUCGGGCCGCGCAGCAUCGAUCCGACACUCACCCGCCUCUUUGAGUGCUUGAGCCUGGCUUACAGUGGCAAGCUGGUUUCUCCCAAGUGGAAGAACUUCAAAGGCCUCAAGUUGCUGUGCCGGGACAAGAUCCGCCUGAACAACGCCAUCUGGAGAGCGUGGUAUACUCAGUAUGUCCAGCGGAGGAGGAGCCCAGUGUGUGGCUUCGUGACCCCUCUGCAGGGUCCUGAAGCAGAUGAGCACCGGAAGCCUGAGGCUGUCGUCCUGGAAGGUAAUUACUGGAAGCGGCACAUCGAGGUGGUGAUGCGCGAAUACCACAAGUGGAGAAUCUACUACAAGAAGCGGCUUCGUAAAUCCAGCAGGGAAGGGGAUUUCCUAGCUCCCAAGCAGGUGGAAGGUGGGUGGCCACCACCAGAGCGAUGGUGCGAACAGCUCUUCUCCAGUGUGGUGCCUGUGCUGCUUGGGGGCUCCGAGGAGGAGCCUGGGGGCCGACAGCUUCUGGACCUGGACUGCUUCUUGUCCGAUAUCUCCGACACGCUCUUCACCAUGACACAGCCCAGCCCCUCGUCCCUGCAGCUGCCCCCAGAAGACGCUUAUGUUGGCAAUGCUGACAUGAUCCAGCCAGACCUGACACCGCUGCAGCCCAGCCUGGAUGACAUCAUGGAGAUAUCAGAUUUCUUCACCAAUUACCGCCCUCCGCAGACGCCCACAUCUUCAAACUUUCUGGAGCCCCCCACCUUUGGCCCAAUGGCUGACCCCCUCUUUGGCAGUGGGAUCCUGGGCCCAGAGAUGCCAUCUCCAGCCUCCUCUUCCUCCUCCUCGGGAAUGACCCCUCUCUCAGGAAAUACCCGCCUACAGGCUCGAACAAGCUGUCCUGGACCAUUGGAUCCCAGUGCCUUUUUGAGUUCUGAAUUCCUUCUUCCUGAAGACCCUAAGACCAAAAUCCCACCUACUCCUGUGCCGACUCCUCUCCUUUCAUAUCCCACCCCUGUCAAGCUACACGGCCUGGAGCCCUGCACCCCAUCUCCCUUCCCUACGAUGGCUCCACCUCCCACUCUGUUGCCAGAAGAGCCCCUCUUCUCUGCCAGGUUUCCCCUCACCACAGUCCCUCCUGCUCCAGGAGGGUCUACACUUCCUGCACCUUCGACCUUUGUUCCCACCCCACAGCCUGGCCCUGCCCCCGGCCCUGCCCCUUUCUCCAUAGACCAUCUGCCUCCUGGGUACCCAGAACCUGUCUUUGGACCUCACUUCACCAUGCCUCCGGGUGUGCAAACCAGAUGCAAGCCCUCCACCACCCCAUCCCCUGGGGGAAGGAAAGCCAGUCCCCCCACCUUGGCCUCGGCCACUGCCAGAGACAACAACCCCUGCCUUACACAGCUGCUCAGAGCAGCCAAACCUGAGCAAGCACUGGAACCUCCAACUGUGCCCAGCACCUUCCUCCAGCCUCCAGAGUCCCUGGUAAGAUGGCGGGCACUGGGUCAUAGGGGUCAGUCUAGGGCCUUUGCUCCAACCUUCUGCCCUUCUCCAUCCCAGCAGGAUACAGUUUCUGAAAUCCCCUGUGCACGUGCCUUCUUCCCCCCAAUCCUGGCCCCUACACCACCCCGGCCAUCUCUGGGGCAAGCCACAUUGGCUCCUCCCAGGUCCCUGGUUGUCCCCAAAGCAGAGCGGCUGUCACCCCCAGCACCCAGCGGCAGUGAGCGGCGGCUAUCAGGGGAUCUGAGCUCCAUAUCACCUCCGGGGAUACUGAGUGUCCACCUAUCUCCCCCUCAAACUAUCCUAAGUCGAGGUCGUGCAGACAACAACAAGAUGGAGACCCGACGCAUCACACACAUCUCCGCAGAGCAGAAGAGGCGUUUCAAUAUUAAGCUAGGAUUUGACACCCUUCACGCGCUUGUGAGCACUCUCAGUGCCCAGCCCAGCCUAAAGGUGAGCAAAGCGACAACGCUGCAGAAGACUGCCGAGUACAUCGUGAUGCUGCAGCAGGAACGGGCAGCCAUGCAGGAGGAGGCGCAGCAGCUGCGGGAUGAGAUAGAGGAGCUCAAUGCUGCCAUCAACUUGUGUCAGCAGCAGCUACCAGCCACUGGGGUGCCCAUCACACAUCAGCGCUUUGACCAGAUGCGAGACAUGUUUGACGACUAUGUCAGGACCCGCACACUGCACAACUGGAAAUUCUGGGUAUUCAGCAUCCUCAUCCGGCCUUUGUUUGAGUCCUUCAAUGGGAUGGUGUCUACUGCAAGCUUGCACAGUCUCCACCAGACCUCGCUAGCCUGGCUAGACCAGUACUGUUCCCUGCCUGCUCUCCGGCCAACUGUCCUGAAUUCCCUUCGCCAACUCAGCACAUCCACCAGCAUCCUGUCGGACCCAAGCCGUGUGCCUGAGCAAGCCACACGGGCAGUCACAGAAGGCACCCUGGGAAGGCCAUUAUAAUCCUGGUGAAGGUUGCCAAGCUUCAGACAUAGCUAGUGGGUACUCCCCUCCUGAUCCUGGCUAGACCAUUCCCUGAGGGUCAGGCAGGUUCCAGGUUUUACACUUACCACCUCCUGGGGAUAGAGAACUUAGUUCCCAUCCCUGCACCAUCACUAAUGCUUGGUCCCUGGUGACUCAUACCCCAUCUUUGGACCUACAUUUAAUCACAGAGAACCCUAAAGGCAUUAGCAGCUGUGACACUGGGGACUCAGGCUACCCAGGGAGCUCUGAGGAGAAAAGAUUCUAAUCUGAUUCCCUACAACUCCCUGCUUUGGACAGAGGGUACCACCCCUUAGUUCCUGAGCAGGGAGGCACAACAGGAGAGCCCUCUCUUUGUUCCUGCAGUGGUGACAUGGGGAGCUAUAGGGUGGCUUUGUGGGUACGGUCACCAAGGUCUGAUGCAAGGAGAGAUCAGGGCAAGGGGUGGCCACAGCAAGGCAGGCAUCUUGCAUGUAUGUAGAUGUGUGUGUGAGUAUGUGGAUUUUAUAAAAAUAUUUUUGAUCAAUAAAGGCAAAAACUGUCUGCAAGGA